AUGAGCUCAAUCGCAACCGACAUUGCGCAGCGUCGCGAAGACUCAUCCGAGCUGGCCUCGGGCGAAUCGGCCGGUCGAGCUGGCGCAAACGGCGACGGCCCACCAGAAGUCACCCUCGCCUCCAGAGCGAUCCAAUUCUUUGCGACUGCUACGCCAACAACUCUUGCGGGAUUCGGCGUCGGAGUCUCUGCAGUGACCUAUGCUGUUCUCGGGCGGCUCGGUCUCGUGCUGAUAGGGGCAUUCGGCGGCGUCGUCUCCUUUAUUAUAUGGGAGUCCAAGAACCCUGAAUUCGCAAGGGCAGUUCGCGGUGAAGAUGGACCGGCAGUACUAGACAGAGUUUGGGCAGACUUGAAGACCGUAAGAGCCGUCGAGAAGCAGGACGAUGACGACGAUGACGAACAGUAUCGCAUGAGGGGCUUCGACGACUUUCGUCCAGAGACUAAAGAGGCGCUGAGCGGCUUGGUCGACGCCAUUGUCCAAAACUACAUCAAGUGGUGGUACAGUCCGCUUGUGCCUUCAGACCAUGCCUUUCCUCUUGCUGUCCGCAAGACCAUCACAUCCUACCUGCUGGCCAUCUCAAACCGGAUGAGCCGCAAGCGACCUGCCGAUGCUUUUCUCGAUCUCCUGACUAAUUCGACUUCCAUGAUUAUCGUUUUUCUUUCAGAAUUAGCCACUGCUUUCGCCGAACUGCCCGCCGACACAAAUGUCAACGCUGCCGAUGCUAUAUACAAUUAUCUGGCGGAAAACCCCGACUCCCGCCUCGCGAAUCUGCUUAAUAAGAGGCAGCAGGCAACCAAAUUCAAGAUGGUUUCCGAGGACUUGCUUAGUUUCCUAGACAAGAGUGCCUACAACUGUGAUCCCGCACGCGUUUUCUUGCGGGAGAUUUUGGCGAAUUCCGUGCUCGAACAGACGCUACAGCAGUGCAGCAGGGCCGAGUGGAUCAAUGGGUGGAUCGUAUAUCUUCUGGAGGCAGGAGAACCCAACUUGAAUCAAGCAAUCGAUGUCGGCAUGCAGACGGGCCGCGACGUGGCCAACAAUGUCUUUGCCGACUUGGACGGUAAUGUUGGUAACAUCGGCAUCGCGAAGCCUCGACGCGGUAGUAAUGAUCAAGGCCAGAGUCGACGAAAAGAGUCUUCUCACAAGAAAAAACUGAGCAAGGCAGAUGAGGAACUGGAAGAAGCUAUGGAAGAGAUGAAGCGAAUGAACGCCAUGAUUGCAGAGGAUGACAUGCGACGAAAAAGGGCAUCCACAUUGACAGAAGCAUCUGAGCGCUCAAAGCAAAGCAUGGACUUGGCGACUGGAGAUGGGGAGGUCCAGAAGAAUGAUGGCAUCUCGACUAAGAGCGACACUGUUUACACACCGCAUACGCCGCGAUCUACCACUGACUCUGUCAGUCAAGCAUCAUCUCCACAGGAAAGCAAAGAUCAGUCCUUUACGAGUUUUGAUCAAAUCGUGCCUCCUGGCCAGCCAGUAGAUAGCGAUGAAGAUUCGCCGAAAAAGGCACCGCUUACUUUGCACAACGCUUCUUUCACGCUACACGACGAUGGUUCGGGGGACAUGGGAAAGAUCAAGAACAAGCCAAAUACGGACUACUUGAUCCAAGUCGAGCCAUCGUCCUCUCACUACCCCGGCUGGAUGAUUGUGAGGCGAUAUUCUGACUUUGAGACCCUUCACGAGAUUUUAAGGCGUAUUGCCGCUGUAUCGGGCGCAACCGCCUUUAUGGAGCUUCACAAGGAACUGCCCAGCUGGAAGAUUCACACCCGGGAGUCUCUUCGCGGCGAACUGGAGAGGUAUCUACGAGAUGCCUGUUGGUAUCAGGCCCUGGCAGAAAGCGAGGGCAUGAAGCGAUUCCUCGAAAAGUCGCAGGGACACACGCACGGCAACUCCAAGUCCUUUGGCUGGGAAACAAUGGGCAAGAACAUGCUCGAAGUUCUGUCGAUUGGUCCCAAAGGAGCUAUGGAAGGCGGCAAGAGUCUUGUCGGAGGCGUUAGUGGCGUCUUCGGCAACCUGGCUGGCCUGAAUCGAAAGUCGACUAAUCAAUCAAUCGACCUUACCCCGAAUCCGAACCGAUUAUCCAUAUCGUCAACUACGGCAAGCCGAGUUGAUAGCAUUGCACGGUCACCCGCGAGGUCGGAGCGUGCCAGUCUCGAUAGCCAGAGGUCGUCGGUGAUUGCUACCCAGCCGGGCAGGAUUGCCCCAAUGGAGCGAAUGCUAAGCUUCCAGUCCCCCAACACCAGCGAGACAGACCUGCGGAUGGGCCAGAGAGGCCGGGUGGACUCGAUAUCGACUUCGGUAAGCGCACGACCUAGCAGGGAACACAGUAGAACAUCCAGCCUGGCUGCUCUCCGGUCACCAUCGUCGGUUAGCCUGGACUUUACCAAGCUCCCGCCGCCGCCAGAUGAGAUUAGUGAUGACUACGAAUCGAACGAGUUUGAUGCAAAGCCGCGUAGAAAGGAAGUCGGUAUCAUGGAAGAUCAUAGCCGUAACAAUAGUUCGGCAGCUUUGAACGGGUCAGCGUCGGCGCCGGCGUUAUCUGGCAAGAAGAGCCCGGCAAAGCCCGUCCGCCAGUUCACGCAGCUAAGCGAAGCGGAAACUCGGGUGGCAGUCGAACUCAUCUUUGCCGUUAUCAACGAGAUGUACACCCUCUCGUCGGCCUGGAACAUCCGUCGGACGCUGCUCACGGCAGCAAAGUCGUUUUUGUUACGCCCUGGCAACCCCUCACUCCUAACGGUGCAGUCCCUCAUUCAGGCAUCUGUGAUAGACGCCAACACUUCGGAUGCAGGGAUCGCAUCCGGGCUACGCAAAGUGCGGGAGAACACCAUGCCCACGGAACAGGAGCAAGCAUCCUGGCCCGCGCCGUUGACUGAAGAGGACAAGAAGCAGUUGGCCAUCAAGGCCCGCAGGCUUCUGAUCCAAAGUGGAGUGCCGGCGGCCCUGAUGGGCGUGAUGGGACAGUCGGCCACAGGCGAGGCGCUGGGGCGUGUGUUUGACUGUUUGCAGAUCGAGGAGGUUGCGCGGGGACUAAUUUUUGGCCUAAUACUGCAGGCAGUGAGGGUUCUUACACACUGA